AUGUCUCUUAGCAGCGGUAAAUAUCCUGAAGACAACCCGUUUUCACUUAAACAGAAUAAUGCUACUUAUACGUAUACUAUCAUUAGUGAAGGGGUUUAUCCAUCAAAAAAUAAAACAUGUUAUACCUCAGCUCACUCUCGCAAUGGAACCUCGUACAGAAUUCCUGAUAAUUAUGUAGUACAAACGAGGUGGGGCCGAGGAAGGUCACAGCAUGUAAUAGAUUGUGAAAUUAAAUAUGAAAUAGAUAGGCCAGUUUAUAUAAUUAGGUUUGAAAAAGAUGAACAAAGUUUU